CUCGUUGGAGGUGCAGAGCUGCUUCAUCCCUUUAUCCACAAAGAAUAUGGUGUUUCUGUACUUCGACGUAGGACCAUACUCAUCAAGGUUCUAAAUUGCAUUACACAGAAUCCACUCUUCUACCAUAUGCCAUUACUUCAGUCUUAGUUUUAUCCAUGGAGGUUGCAAGGAAUUUGCUCUCUUCCCCCUCAUCCUUUCCAACAAGAACACACCUCAAGAAUUCUGUCCCUCCUCCUUCUUCGGUUUUGAUGCUUCAUGAGCAAGCAGCUUCUACAGUUACUUCUAUUCCAAUUACUUCUGUUACUAGGCUUUUUCCUACUUCAGUUCUUUUACAAGAGCAACGUGAUGAAUGUAGGCCCCUUCUGCACAAUUUCAAGGAUGACAAAGUACCUCAGGGAGUAAUAGACAGGAGGCAGCAGUUAGAGACUGGGGCAUCUGCCCCUGAUGAAAGUGCCUUUGGGGAUCUUGGUCAGUCAGGUCAAAUAUUUGAACAGCAGUUGCUUUGGUGGUCAGAUUUACAGCACUUGCUUGCGUUAACGGAGGAAAAUGAAGAUCCAUUAUCAUUUUUUACCAUGGAGUCUGUUGUGGCUGGUACCAAGACUUCUAUGGACGUUGAACCAUUUGAUGCAGUGGCCCUUGCUAGGAGGGCCUUGUCAGCAUCUAAAGAAGCAGUCUCAUUAGCCAACAAUGUCAAAUUAUGUGGACUUGAACCUGACGAUUCACUUCCUACCAGUUUAGGGUCUAAUAGUUUGUCUAAAUUAUCACUUGAAGAGGAGGAAGCAAUCGCAGUUAGAUCAACACGGCUUUUAGAGAGGCAAUCUAAGAAGAGGAGGGUGCCAAAACUGAAUGUUCAUGUUCAAGAGACGUCCAGUUCACGAAGGGUUGAUGUAAAAAGAAAGUUAAGUGGAGAUUUUAAUUCCAGUGAUCUACUUAGAUUGUUCUUGCGGGGUCCUGAAACAAGACAACUUUUGACUGUUAAAGAAGAGUCUGAACUCAUUGUUCAAGUACAGGAACUGAUGAGGUUAAAGAAAGUGAAGAGUAAGCUUCAAUCUCAGUUUGAACGUGAACCAACAGUGGUUGAAUGGGCUGAAGCUGUAGGACUGAGUUCUCAGGUCUUGCAGUCUGAACUUCUUUCUGGCAAUAGAAGCUGGGAAAAACUAAUUAAUGCAAAUUUACGUUUGGUGGUUCACAUUGCUAAAAAAUACCAGGGCCAUGGUUUAGGCCUUCAGGAUCUGCUGCAGGAGGGAAGUGUGGGUCUAAUGAAGAGUCUUGAGAAGUUCAAACCGCAAGCUGGUUGCAGAUUUGCUACCUAUGCUUACUGGUGGAUUAAGCAAAGCAUUCGAAAGGCCAUAUUUCAACAUUCCAGGACAAUUCGUUUGCCGGAGAAUGUAUUUGGCCUCCUGAGCAAAUUAACUGAUGCAAGAAGAUCCUGCAUUCAAGAAGGAAACCAUUGUCCAUCCAAGGAAGAAUUAGCUAGUCGUGUUGGAAUAACAGUUGACAAAUUAGAGAAUUUGCUCAUGACAACUAGGUUGCCACUUUCGAUGCAACAACCUGUAUGGUCAGAUCAGAAUACCACUUUUCAGGAGGUAACUGCAGAGACAGGGAUUGAGAUCCCAGAUGUUAGUGUGGCAAAACAAUUGAUGAGGCAGCAUGUUCGAAAUCUUUUAAGCGUGCUUAGUCCAAAAGAGAGAAGGAUAAUUAAGCUGAGAUAUGGCAUAGAAGGAAGAAAACGAAAUUCCCUGACCGAAAUUGGGAACAUGCUUGGGUUAUCAAAUGAGAGGGUGCGGCAGCUGGAGAACCGCGCAUUAUACAAACUCAGGCAGUGCCUCGGCAAGCAUGGACUCAGUGCUUAUGCAGAUUUGCUUGUUUAGAUUUAGGAACACAGGUAUUGCAGUCCAUUCCAUCACAUAUCUUUCAAGUUUCUGUAUGUAUUAACUCAACAUUCUUGUACGAUGUACAUGCCAAUUAGCUGAGAUCAUUAAUAUAAGCCGAUGAUGUGGAUUAUGUUUGUAUAUAUUCCUUGUAACUCUUAUAAACUAUAGCCAAUAAA